CGGAUGAAGUGAACAUGGUUACGUACCCAGCCGUUAAAGCAAGGGUACACGUUUAAAUAUCUGCACAGGUGAAUAGUGAAUUCUCUCAGAGACAUAAUCACCCUGUGGUGAAUAUUAUAAAUAUCACACUUGUCCAUAACAGAAAAUGGCGAACAUUUUGAGCGGCUUGAUCACCGUUGUGGUCAGCGUGGCAGCGUACUUGUACUACAAACAUACGAGUGAACAAAAACGCAUUGAAGCAGUUUUGGACGGUCUUAAGCUUACAGAAAAAGAAGCUCCUUUGGAAGGAACGCCCAGAGUUGCUGUUGGCUUUGAAGCUACCAUAGAUUAUAUCGUGGAUGCUUUGGAAUUGUUUGAAGUGAUGAAUCUUGAACCGCCAGAGAAAGCCAAACCUCACGACAUUUUGAGGAAUGAGGGAGAGUUUAUGGAAACAUUUGCCUUCUUCUUUAAUCAUAGCGCAGCGUCAUCACGUUAUAUGGAAAACAAAGAACUUUUCCAAAGAAUGUGUGAAAAAGCUAAUGAACUGGAGAGUAACUAUAAAGCACUAGGAGGUACUGGUCUUCACAUUGGGAAACGUCUUGCUCUUGAGGGAUGUAAUGUACUAAUGGCCGGAGAUACAUCUAACGAAUUUAUAAAAAUGCUACCUAAGGGCAUGUCUCCUGUUGGGAAUAUUGUUCCAGUUGAUGACAUUCACAUGCUUUUGGAAUAUCCUGCUCUCAGACAUUGGGGAAAAUAUACUUCACAAAGAGCUAACCGUUUAGUUGUACACAGUGAUGAGAAUAAUCCUUACUUACGUUCAUUACAGGAAUUUGAAAAAUCAUUCAAGGAAUUCUCUCCUUCGGUUCUAGUUGUUGGUGGUCUGCAUAUGCUGGAUAACUUUCCAGGGUUUAAUAAAGGUGAUAGCAGUCAAAUUUUAAAGAGGCUUCAGUUGUUUUUGGACACUAUUUCUGUUCCCAUCCAUUUUGAAAUGGCCCCCUUCCAUCAAGAAACAUUCUUUGAUGAACUUUUGCAAUAUGUAAUUCCUUACACGAGUAGUAUGGGUAUGAAUGAACAGGAACUUCCUAACUUGUGGAGCAAGCUGCUCUAUGGAAAUAUAACAGUUGUUUCAAGUCAGAAACCGAGAGUUGCAAAAGUACUGGAUCUCAUGAGAGAAGUGUACAAGAUUUCAAAUGAGAACUAUGGAAAAAGUAGGAAGAGACAGUUGACAAGACUACACAUCCAUACACUGGCAUUUCAAGCAAUUCUAACCACUAAGGGAUCAAGGUGGAAAAAUACCAAGGCAGCUUCGGCAAAAGCAUCUUUGACAGCAACACGUCAUGUGUGCGGCUCAGAAGAUAUUGAUCCUCAGAAAUCAAAGUUACUCAUGGAUGACUCAUUUUCUAAGAGUAUAGUUCCAGGCAGCCCCAGAGUUGAAUUUGAUACCAGUUCACCUGUAUCCUGUUGGAAUGAGGAUGAUUAUGAAAUCUGUGUUGCUCCUGUGUUAGUUUGUACCCAAGUAUUGCAGACAGGAGGUGGCGGAGACCAAAUUACUGGGGGUGGUCUGGCAUUACAAAUUUGAAUGAUGUGUAACUUUCUACACUAGAGAUGAUCAGACAACACUACAUACAAUAGUGUUUCAUUGAGAGAUAACAACAUGUGAAAAUAAAAUUGAAGAAUUUCUGUAGAAGUGACUUGUUAUUAAACUAGCUCCCAAGCUGACCAUAACAGGGCCUUUUUUCAUGAUUUUAAAUUACUAUAGCUACUGAAGUUAAUUUCUUAUUCCAUUUAAAUUUUGUAAUUGCAUUGAGUUUUUAAUAUCAAUAGCCCUUUUUUUUUGGAAAAAAUAAGCACGUGAAGACUUCUGGUUGUUGUAAGACAGUGAAAUAUAUGAUUUCAUAAUGUAAAAGGCCUCCAGUUAAGGACCAGUAAAUAAAAACAGUAACAGGUGAGGAAAAUCAACAAAUAUGAUAAGAUAAAAACAGUAAUAAUAACAGUUAUAAUAAUGAUGAUAAUAAUAGU